UUGACAGAACGUUAGUGCAAAUGAACGUAGAAACGAAAUAGAUGGCAGCAGCCGGCGCAUAAUCAGGAUAAGGAUGGCGGCACUGUAUUGAUUGUUAAGACGACCCAACCGAACGUAUAAGUACACGAUAAACAAAGUCCUCCUGAAUUGAAACGCAUUAAAUUUUCUUACUGCUCGAAUAUUAAUUACGUUCCUGUAUUAAAGCUGCGACCAUGUCAAUGAGACCGGACGAUCAUAGACGAAAAUGGAACAGGGAAGAGUACGAACGAAUAGCGCUUCAACGGCUCCAGGAUGAAAUCGCCGAAGAGGAAUUGGGUAUCCCUAAGCAGCCAGCAGUAAAAAGGGAAUUACUUAAACAAAGAGAUUAUAAGGUCGAUUUAGAAUCAAAAUUAGGAAAAAGCGUUGUUAUUAAUAAAAAUACUCCGUCUUCGCAAACAGGAGGUUAUUAUUGUAAUGUGUGCGAUUGCGUUGUCAAGGAUUCUAUCAAUUUCUUAGAUCAUAUUAAUGGAACGAAACAUCAGCGUAAUUUGGGUAUGUCCAUGAAGAUAGAGCGUUCGACGUUAGAACAAGUUAAGGCUAGAUUUGCUUUAAAUAAAAAGAAAUUAGAGGAAAAGAAGAAGGAUUAUGAUUUGGAGCAAAGAGUGAAGGAAUUAAAAGAAGAGGAAGAAAAAAUUAAAGAGUAUAGAAAAGAAAAAAGAAAAGAUAAAAAGAGGAAGUUGGACGAAGUAGAGGAGGAUGAUGCUGGACCAUCGGAUGAAAUGGCCGCUAUUAUGGGCUUUUCUGGAUUUGGCUCCAAAAAAAAGUGAUGAUGACUUUGACCCGGACAUUCGUGAAAAAAAUGUCUUAGUAUAAUUUCUCAGGGCGCGCUGCAGUGUCUAUCAUCUGUGGCGCACUAUUGGGAAAAGCAUUUAUCGACUAUUUGACAAAAAGUAAUAAUCGGAUGAAAUUUGGUAAAAUUACAUCGUAAGCUUUAGUUUCCAAUCGUUAGUAAUAUUUUGUAUGGAAAAUGAGAGAAAAAGUAUCGACACGAUUAAAGAAAGAAAAAGAUGAACAAUUAUAGUGAAAAUUAUCUUUUCUCACAAGUACAAGAAAUGAUUUCUAUGUAUGUUUCUAUAUAGACAGAAGAUCAAUGGAUAAAUGAAGUAUUUAUUUUAUAUAAUAAUCGGCAAUACCAUAAUGAUAUGAUGCCGGAUAUGCGGUAGUUAAGGUGCGCAGUAAACUAAUUUUAUUCCCGAAGGAGGGCGAAAAAAAUGGAAAAGAAAUGAUUACUGUACGUUGAAAUAAUUUUAUAUCGAGAUUUGAACACGUUCGUUAACCGUAACUAUCCGUUUGCCGAUCGGUAAUGUCGGAAACGCAGGAAACGGAGGUGUUUGAUAUCAAAGAGAUUGGUAUAGAAUGAAAGCGCGUUGGAAUAAAAAUGAAAAGAAUAUA